CAAUUUUUUGGUUUUGGUUUCUCAAUUCUAUUUCACAAAUGCAUUUAUGGGCUUUCUCAAUUCUCUCUUGGGAAAACAUUCCAGAAGAUUUAUCAAAAGAAAAGACAGUGAUGCCGGCGAAGCAGGACGUUCAUUGGAAGAACUCAAGAGGCUCUCUUUAUCAUGAGCUCCGGACUACAGAAGGAGCAAAGCGCCAACAACAGCGCUUUUGUGGUCCGGUUGUUGCAAUGACAUUCAAUUUCAUGGUUUCUGUUGGCAUAAUCCUCGGAAACAAAAUGGUUAUGGGGAGAGUUGGAUUCAAUUAUCCUAUAUUUCUCACGUUGAUCCACUACACGACUGCUUGGGUUCUACUAGUUAUUUUCAAGGCAUUCUCGUUGCUCCCAGCCUCUCCACCGUCUAAGUCCACACCCUUCUCGUCAUUGUUUUCUCUAGGCGCUGUCAUGGCUUUCGCCUCUGGGCUUGCUAACACGAGCUUGAAGCAUAACAGUGUUGGUUUCUACCAGAUGGCGAAAAUUGCUGUCACUCCAACCAUUGUUGCAGCAGAAUUCAUUCUUUUCCAAAAGACGAUAUCGUUUAGCAAGGUUGCUGCCCUCGUUGUUGUCUCAUUCGGUGUGGCUGUUGCAACUGUUACAGACUUAGAGUUCAACGUGUUCGGUGCUUGUAUAGCAAUCGCAUGGAUAGUUCCAAGCGCCAUUAACAAGAUAUUGUGGUCUAGUUUGCAGCAGCAGGGGAAUUGGACAGCUCUAGCGUUGAUGUGGAAGACAACCCCAGUGACAGUCUUCUUCUUGGUAACACUCAUGCCAUGGUUAGACCCGCCGGGAGUGUUGUCUUUCAAGUGGGACGCCACAAACAUAUCCGCGAUAAUGAUAUCAGCUUUGCUCGGGUUCCUUUUGCAAUGGUCGGGAGCUCUGGCACUCGGGGCAACUUCAGCAACAUCACACGUGGUGCUCGGGCAGUUUAAGACGUGCGUUAUCCUCUUGGGAGGGUAUGUGCUGUUCGGUUCUGAUCCAGGAGUUGUGAGCAUUAUUGGUGCUGUGAUGGCCCUUUCCGGGAUGUCAGUCUACACGUCACUUAAUCUGAGGGAGUCGCGCAACAAGGCGGCUCUGCUUCCUAACCAUAACUCAUCGUCCGCUACCAAAACCAAAAGUGAGCAAGACAAACCAUUACUCGUCGAGGAUAAACCACCCAUUGCAUAACCCAUUUGCAACUCAUCUUCUCCUUUGAUGUUUUCUGACAUGUUUUUGAGGCUUUACACUCAAAUUUUACUUGAUUUUCAUCGAUAUUUGUACAGAUUUUAGCAGUAAACAACAUCAAUCUCUAUAGUA